UUCUAUACCUAGAUAGAAGAGAUAGACGAGCAAUGCUUGCUGAUUACCAGAUAGGCAAUCCCCGAUGCCAAGAGAUAUGAUUAUCUUGCGUCGAAUGUAACGAUGGGGUAGGAAUAAAACAGGUUAUACAUGAGGAGUUACUGGUAUAGUCCCCAACUAUUCGGAUCUAAUGAGGUUUAAGUCUAUUCCCUUAAUUCCUUCCCCCACUCUUCAGAGUUAUACCGCGACAUAGCGUCUCGAGGGCUGCAUGAGAUACUCAUAUGAGGGGUCAAGCUUAUAAGCAUCUCUCCACUUAAAUACUUUCUAUGUAAUGUCUAUUAUUAGAUAGGUAGGUAGACAAACGUUUGAAUAUGGGCAGUAUUGAAGAAUCAACGACUAAGUCCUGGCAGGAAUUGCAAGCCGCAAAAAAAGCUGAGCAGGAUUCAAGAAUACCAGCAGAAUGGAAGUUGAAACCGGAAGACAUUCCGCCGGAGGACACAGUUGACCUCCGCCCCUUUGUUAACACAUACAAUAUAUUAUCUCCGGCUGAGCUGGCAAUUACAAGUGAGGAAUACGAUGCAACAUCUUUGGCGGCCGCCAUUGCCACAGGCAAAUUCACAGCCGUAGAGGUCGUGACGGCAUUCUGCAAACGUGCUGCGAUAGGCCAUCAGCUCUGCAACAUGCUGACGGAAAUCAUGUUCGCGGAUGCAAUAGAGCGAGCCAAAGAACUAGACAACAUCUUCAAAAGCACGGGGAAGGUAGUCGGACCUCUGCAUGGGGUUCCUAUGACUUUUAAGGAGUGCUUUCAUUUCAAGGGGUACGACUCGACGAACGGGUACAUGUCUCGGGUCUUCCAGCCGGCCGACCGCACGUCACCUUUACCGGAACUCUUGCAAGCUGCUGGGGCGGUAAUCAUUUCCAAGACGAAUGUACCACAGACGAUGCUGGUUGCGGAGAGCCAUAAUAAUGUAUUUGGGCGCACGAAGAACCCCGUGAACUCCCGCCUGACAUGUGGUGGAAGUAGCGGUGGCGAGGGUGCAAGCCAGGCCUUUCGCUGCAGUGCUCUCGGCGUCGGAACUGACGUAGGCGGAUCGGUGAGGAUACCGGCUGCUUGUAAUGGCGUCUAUGGGUACAAGCCAAGCUCCGGGAUCAUCCCCAUGAUCGGGUAUUCCUACUCCGGCUGGACGGGCUCCAACACCGGGAUUCCGGCUGUGACCGGUCCUUUGGGUCAUUCCGUGCGUGACCUUGAUCUGUUCACUCGCAUUGUCAGGGACACGAAGCCUUGGAAUUUUGACCCUGCCGUCAUUCCGAAUAUCAUGGAACUUGGCACCACAGCGACGCGGAAACCCAUCGUCGGUGUUAUCCACGCAUCUGGCCUUACGCCUCACCCGCCGGUCCGCCGGGCCCUACGAGAAGCCGUAGCCAGGCUCUCAGCAGCCGGGUUCGAGAUCAGGGACUUCAAUCCGCCGGACUUCAUCGGCAUCCGCGAUAUAUCAGAGCAGCUGUUCACGCUAGACGGGCUCUCGUUCCCAAGACAAGAAUUCGCCAAGUCGGGCGAGCCGAUCGUGCCUAGCGUCAAGAAGAUCGGGUUCCUGGAUCUCCCGCGGAAGACCCAGGAGGAGGCUUGGCAGUGGAAUACCAAGAAAUUGGGGAUUCAGAAGCAGAUGCUGGAUGAGUGGCAGAGGGUGGGUUGCGAUGUCGUUCUGGCUCCUGCUGGUCCGCAUACGGCGGUGUUGCCGGGGGAUUGGACGAGCGAUAUUUACACCGUGGCUUGGAAUGUGGUCGAUUAUCCUGCUAUCAUCAUCCCCUUCACGCAUGCCGAUCCGGCUCUCGACCCCGUGGAUGCCGAGUUCAGGCCUUUGCACGAUGUCGACCAGAAGAACCAGGAUAUGUAUAACCCGGAGCUUUUCAAAGGUGCGCCUGUGGCAUUGCAGAUUGUUGGUCCGAGAUUAGGGGACAAGCAACUACUCAAGGACGUCGAGCUCCUUGACAGUGUACUGAACGGUACUGCUUGAUCCACUUGAAUUCUCGACGUGUUUGAUCUUUGGCCUACUCGCAUCUGUCUCUUGUUGGCAUCUGACCGCAGGAUAGUGCGUUCGUUGCUCGGCCACCAGCUUUUCCAGCUGGUCUUAAAGCAAACUAACGAAGGUAUCUUUUAUUAGAACCCUUGGUAGUCUAGUUGGUUAUGGCGUUCGGCUGUAAUUGUGAACAUGAUUGUUACCGAAAAGUCACCGGUUCGAUUCCGGUCCGAGGGAUCAUAUUUUUUUGUUGUCAUGUUCGUGUCUGUUACUGCUUGUGCUUGUGCUUGGAUCCGGGCUUUGAUACUCUAAGAAGUGUAAUAGUAGCGAGGGCUAGGGUUAAUUAAGCCUUUAUUUAUUUUAGUCUUAGUGCAACGUCUAGCGUCGAAUUGUAGCCUUAUUUUCAGCUGUGGAUUUUCUAUGAGCUAAAAAGGGGGUAAAUGUGAGGCUACUUUUGGGGUUGUUGGAUUUAUAAGUCGCAUGCGAGGAUGGACAUCUAGGAUUAUCUAAAGACGAAUAUGAGACUUGACUUUUGACGUGUCC